CGGCACAAAUAUGGUGUAACCGGAAGAGCAAUGUUUUCCCAGCAGUCCCUGUUUAUCGUCCCUCCCCCCUGUUUCCGACAGGCUCAAGGCCCGGAUGGCUGGGAGACGCUGGGCAGUGAGCGCUGGAGGAUGCGGGGAAGAUGGCGCUGAGCGGAAGGCAGGGGGAUGCGCUGUAUGGACGCGCGGAUUACUGCGCUGUGUAUGACCUGCAGCAUGUCCCUUACGGAAGCGGCCCCGGGUGUUUGUCCGGAGUGCACGGUCCAGAAUGUGUUCUGAAGCCUCCUCUGAACCUAAUGGGUCAGCAGCAGCCUCAGCCCUUCCAGCCUGUAUCUCCUGCCCAAACUCUUGGCCCAGCACCUGUUCUGAUGCCACCAGACUCUCUCACUUUCCCCCUUUGCAGUCCCCUCUCUGCCAAACCUCCCCCUCACCUCCAGCUGUUCCCAGACCCCGCCAUCACAGCACCCCCUGGUUCCAGCCCCAUACCGCCUGAGAAUGAGUUCCAAGCACCUGGCAGCGAACAGGACACUGCACUGGAGGAGCUGUGUAGACCUCUGUACUGCAAACUGUGCAACGUCACACUCAACUCACCCCAGCAGGCGCAGGCACAUUAUCAGGGAAAAAAUCACAGCAAGAAGCUAAGGAAUUUUUAUGCUGGCAGUCAACAGCCACCUCCUAUACGAAUACCUGAGGAAGCAGAGCCAGUUUCACAACAGUCCCUCUCCACUCCACCUACGGAUACUGGCACUGCAGUGGGCAAGCCGGCGUCCUUUAUCAGCCCCAGCAGGGUCAUCCUGGCCACAGAGAACGACUACUGCAAGCUGUGUGAUGCCUCCUUCAGCUCCCCUGCUGUAGCCCAUGCUCAUUACCAGGGCAAGAACCAUGCCAAACGGGUACGGCUUGCCGAGGCCCAGCACAAUGCCAGCUCCUUGGAUGCGGCAGACCUCGCACAGCGGCAGAGACAGACUUGCAGGAAAGAAGGGAAUGAGUACAAACUGAAGAACCACAGGAACUACAUGAACACUGCUAUGCCAGUUUCAGGACCGUAUUACAAUCCCCGGCCAAGGCAGAGAAUCCCACGUGACUUGGCCAUGUGUGUGACGCCAAGCGGGCAGUUCUAUUGCUCCAUGUGCAACUCGGGUGCUAGCGACGAGGCUGACUUCCGCCUGCACCUGGAGAGCAAACAGCACAAGAGCAAAGUGUCUGAGCAGCGCUACCGCAGCGAAAUGGAGACUCUAGGCUACACCUAGGAGGCUGUCCAGCAAGAAAACAAAACAAAACAGGAAUCGUCCAUGUAAUUCUCCAAGUGCACAUAUUAGCUUUGUUACAGAAAACUUGUGCAUUUGCAUUGAACCAGUCUCACAUAUUUUGCAUGGAAUGUUUUAAUUCAGUGAUAUUGGAAUGAAAAGAAAGCUACCUCUUGCAGAAUUACAGGUCAUUUUUAUGUCAGAUUGGAUACAUGUAUGGGAGCACCCAGUUUUAUGGUACUUGAGAAACUGAUCCCUCAGAGGAAUGUUUUUUUUUUUUUUUUCCGGCUCUCAUGCUGGGAUGAUGGUGAAAGGUGGCAGCUUUUGCAAAGGUCAUCCAGAUCAUAAUGACUUCUCUUAGUAUUAAAGUUCUAAUACUUGAUCAGCUUAUGAGGACUUCUAAUCCAAGGGGGCCUCUGCAGGUUCUGGUGGAGUUUCUUUUACAUUUAUGAUCAAUCUCUUCUUUCAUUGACCUAAUGUGAAGUAGUUUAUAUUGUUUAUUGUGCAAUGAAUGUCUCAAAAACGAACGGAUUCAGUUUUAAAAAGUCAGGGGCAAGCGUCCAUGCUAUAGCCAGCCUUGGGUUCACGGUGUUAUUACAGGAAUACGCUGAGUAUAGAGAGCCAGACUGCCAUCCAGAGGUUAGUGUCACAACUGGGUUCAUGUUAGCUUCUUCAGAACCUGCUGAAUGUACUGUGACUGCGAUGACAAUAACUUUCCUUGCUGGAUUUGCACAAAUGUCUCUAGAUUUACACUAAAAUGUAUUUAUGUAUUACAUAUUUUAAGUAUUUACAGCCACAAGGAUGGUAUAUUAUUGUGUUUGGUUUAUCUUGUGGCAAAACUAGUACAAAUAAUGUGUCAGUAUAACAGUCAUGCAUAUCAUGGUCCCCCCCGUAGCUCAUUCCAUGAUAAGUUUUCCCUUCUCAAACUACAGCAAACCCAAAGCGUAGCUAUUUUUAAAAAGGUGCCUUUGGGUCAGACCCUCUGUGCACCCCUACCUCACUCUUCUUAGACAGAGUGGAAAGAUUAGCCACCCGCCAAGACAUUCGGUGUAAUAUAUAAUUCCUAAAAAUAUUUGAAUGAAUAUGUAGACAAGGAAUUUCUGUGGAAAGCUACCGUAUGUGAAUGUUUAAUUCAUUUUGUAAUGCACAUGUCUGAGCCUGGUGCAUUUAUUCCACAAGUACAAAAUGUUGGCAGUUUAUUAGGCACCUACCCUGUAAAAUCAUCAUUGCUCAUUUUAAAAUGAACAAUGUGUGUACAAAGCAAGUAAACUGACAAAUCAUCAUCCAUACAGGAAGAAAGUUAGUGAUUGAAAACUUCAAGGGAAAACUCCACCCUGAAAUAUACAUUAAAUACGUUUAUAUUGAAAUAUUUGAUGUAUUUUUCAACCAAUUAGCUGUAUUUUCUCUAUUCCUGUGAGAAGUUAGAGGUUGUCUGUCACAUUGAUGUUAAAGGGAGGCAUUACUAAUCCAGUUAUGGACUAAUGGCGUUUCAUAGAAGAAAGUUCUAUGAUCUCAAACUCGAAGGAUAACAGCCAGGUUUAGGUGUUAGCUCCUAAAAACAAAAGAAAAGCAGAAGCUUAUUUUCUCACACCAUUUUCCAGGGAUUUUCAAUGUCAUGUUGAUGAGAAAUUCAACCAAGAAGUAGUAGAGACAGCAAAUGAAUGCAAUGAUGCAGCUAUGCUGAGUUAUGGCAAAGACUAUAAGAUACAUCUAUGAGAUGACAAGCAUAAUACCAUUGACAGCAGUAUUAGAUGAGGUGGUGAGAGAGCGGGAUAGUCUGGAAGAUUAGUGUGCUGCUGCAUGAGUCUCUUUGGAUAGAGCUGAAAGACGGGCUAAAUCCUACUUGGCACCACUAUCGGCAGGUAGCCGAACAGCAUUGUGGGUAAUGUAGGAAACUAAAAAAAGACCAAUAUGUUGAUGAAGAAACUUAAACUAAAAAAAAGUCAAGUCAGAAUUUUAUUUAGAUCCAAUUGAAGAUCUCAUCUCAUCAUCUCUAGCCGCUUUAUCCUGUUCUACAGGGUCACAGGCAAGCUGGAGCCUAUCCCAGCUGACUACGGGCGAAAGGCGGGGUACACCCUGGACAAGUCGCCAGGUCAUCACAGGGCCGACACAUAGACACAGACAACCAUUCACACUCACAUUCACACCUACGGUCAAUUUAGAGUCACCAGUUAACCUAACCUGCAUGUCUUUGGACUGUGGGAGAAACCGGAGCACCCGGAGGAAACCCACGCGGACACAGGGAGAACAUGCGAACUCCACACAGAAAGGCCCUCGCCGGCCACGGGGCUUGAACCCGGACCUUCUUGCUGUGAGGCGACAGCGCUAACCACUACACCACCGUGCCGCCCCCAAUUGAAGAUGCUAAUGUUAAUUAUACAGAUUAACCUGCAAGUUGUUCAGGGUGGAUCUUUCCUUUAAAGGCUUGUACCUCACUGUCGUUGGAUUCUAUGGUGAGCCAUGUAAAUACUUGUUUACAUUAAAAGAGAAUUUCAGGCAUUUAAUCAAGGGCAUUGCGAUACUAAAAGCUGUAAGAAUGCCUCUUCUUUAGACCACUCCAGCCAUUUCAUUCCUGUUUAGGUCAUUCCUGAAUUCAGCCAUGUUUAACCCAUUAAUAAUGUGUAUAAUUACCGUAGAACCUCCUCUUUGGUUUUGUUUAGUGAUAAAUGUGCAUAAUAUUUUUUGAAAUAUUAUAAACAUGACAGGACUUAUGGAUGUGAAAAGAGGAAGUAGGAAAAGCUGAGCCUUUAAAAGAAAACAAAAAACCUUUCCUUAUAUGCACAAAGUUGUUGCUCGCUAGGGGCUCAGGCUUUAUUGGCUUAAAGCCGUAAACUAUAUUUUUGUUUGCUAUACUAAUAUCACCAUACAAGUACAAAUGUUUUUGGUUCAGUGUUGAAAAAGGCUCAACGGUGAGCCUCAAAGAUGAAGCACAUUUCUGUUGGUGAUGAUCUGGUCACUCUGCAGAUGUUAUGUGUUUUCAUUUCUUUUUAGUCAUUUAUACACUCUGGUUGUUACAUUCACACUACAGCAAGGUUGAAUUUUCUCCCAGGUAUGAAUGGUCAUGAAGUCUUAUGGCUGCACAGAGUUGCUCAUAAAGAACUCAUAAGGGUUACCUAGAGAGGCUGUUUCACAUUUUUCCACAAAACUGUUGGCUCUAAAAUCAGGCCAUAAUAAGGGAACAUUUCACCGUUCUUCACUGAACAACUGCACAGCAAUAAUCUGUGGUGUUGAAUGAAUGCCUUGAAUGAACAAAGUAGUCGAAGUGAAUUCAACACAGUAGGUGUUCUGUUGCCUGUUUGCUCUGUUGGUUUAAAUAUUUAUGCUAAAUGAGGCAGAACUGCUUUUAGACUUGCAGUGCUUCAGAUCUGAGUGAUUCUAACCAAGCACUUUGGUGUUUGUUCGAGUUGCUGGACAGGCCAGGCGUUUCCUGUGUGGAGCAGGAAUGAAGGAAGCGGUGACCCCACAUACAAACAGGCUUUCCCCAAGGACACUGUCCUCAAACCGACUCAUCUCGCUUCUCCCAGCCAAAACCAACACUGACUUCCACAAUGGCCUCGCCAGUUGUUUUUCUGCAAAACUGUGUGACUGAAGGCUGUCCCUCUUUAUUUUGUGGAGAUGCUGAUGAAAUGAAAUAAGAUAGUGCCUUCUGAAAACACACUUUCAUUUCAUGGAUGCCUCUGGAACUUUCCAGAAAGAUGUUUUGGGUCUUGUCCUUUCAUGGUGCAAUAUGUGGCAAUAUUUGAUUUUUUUUUUUUUCCUUUUUGAAAUUAUUUUAAUCUAAAAAGUACUACCAGGAUCACAAAUGUACUGUGUUUAGAGAAGGAAAAGGAAUGUAACCUGACUAAAGAGACUGCUGGGACAGUUAUUUUCACUGCGUUAAAAUGCAUAUGUAUAAACAAAAAGUUUUAUUAAAUAAGAAUUACUUUAGCACUUUGCACUCAUUUUUGCAAGUGUGAAUAGGAAAUACAUCAUAAUGUUAAUCCACUUGUU